GUUAAAUUUUCUGACCCACAUUAUGGAUACGUCGGGGACGCUAGAGGAUGCAUUAGCUGACCACAGACAGAAUCUGCAGAGUUGGAGGCGUGGCCUGCAUAUGGAGAGGCAGUACCACCCUCUUCUACUUCAUAGAGCUUUUUUUCUAAGUACAAUUAGUUGCUUUCAAAACCUUGAUCCGGUGCGCCGGGUUCCAAGAUAAGUCUAGGCUAAUACUAUACAACAAUGAAAGCUGCACUACUCGACCAGUUUUGCGUACCUCAAGCAAUUGCUCCCUAGAAGAAGCGGCCCUAUUCCGAGGGAAUUAAUUAGUAGAACAGCAUGACUUUUCCUGAGCGGAGUGCGAAUAAGAUCUUAGGUUGACUGAUGUCGUAGUGUCUUACUAUUGCUCGAAUAUGAUAUGAGUUGCGAAUGGAUUGCUUCGACACGCCCAAACGUUUUUCAGGCAUUUGUUUGCAGACGCAUAUUGUGUGGUGCUCUUUGUGCGUAAGAAAUUUUGACUUCCAAUUUGCGAAGAACUACAGGUAUCGGGAUAAACUUGUGAGCUCGAAUGAUACAGCAGAAAGAUAUGUUGAUUUCGCCGAUGAGCGCGAUGUCGAAGACGUGAAAGCACAAGAAGAGGGGCUCGCAGAGUGGAAACGUCAUAUGAACGUGGGCGCCAAUGAC